GUUUUGGCCCGCGCACGGAGCCGUAGCUUACAGUUUCCUCGGGCGUCCGCGACCGGGAAACCAGCUGUUCCAGGUUCCGGGCAGACGUGCACAAUGUCGGAGAAGGCAGGGAGUCAGAGUGGGGGCUCCCCGGAGGCCAGUGGGGUAACUGUCAGCGACAUUCAGGAACUGAUACGGCGCAAGGAGGAGAUCGAGGCCCAGAUCAAAGCCAAUUAUGAAGUGCUGGAGAGCCAAAAAGGCAUCGGGAUGAACGAGCCACUGGUGGACUGUGAGGGCUACCCCCGGGCAGACGUGGACCUGUACCAAGUCCGAACCGCAAGGCACAACAUCGUCUGCCUGCAGAACGACCAUAAGGCAGUGAUGAAGCAGGUGGAAGAUGCCCUGCACCAGCUGCACGCUCACGACAAAGAGAAGCAGGCCCGGGACCUGGCCGAAGCCCACAGGGAGGCCCUGAGCCGCGGCCAGAGCCACGGCCUCAGCCCUCCUCAGGCCUUCGCCAAAGUGAACAGCGUCAGCCCCGGCUCCCCCGCCAGCAUCGCGGGUCUGCAAGUGGAUGAUGAGAUUCUGGAGUUUGGCUCUGUGAACACCCAGAACUUCCAGUCACUGCAGAACAUCAGCAGUGUGGUCCAGCACAGUGAGGGGAAGCCCCUGAAUGUGACAGUGAUGCGCAGAGGGGAGAAACACCAGCUUAGACUCGUGCCAACACGCUGGGCAGGAAAAGGACUGCUGGGCUGCAGCAUUAUUCCAUUGCAAAGAUGACUGUCCCUGAGGAAUGGAAACAGGAAAGCAUCUUCCUUUGCCCCAGACCUGGGUCUAGUGGGCAUUUCCUCCUCUUCAUCUUUGCCUGAAGUUCGAGGAUCUCAAAGAGACUGGACGGCUGAACUUCUAGGUGGUGGAAACACUGUGGCCUCUCAUUUUAAUCUCUUGGGAUUAAGGCAUUGUUAAAAACUUGAUUUGUGUUUAGCAUCUUUUGCAGGUUAGGCCAUGACCCUAAGUGAGACUCCCCUGGAUGGUGAGGAAGUGGGCGGGAGUUAUUCUGGCAGGUGCUGAUGUGACUUUAUUCUUCUAGAAAUCUUUUUUUCCAAAUAAAACCCAGUUUUACAGUAUUGAUAUGAUCAUGUUAUCACCCCAGUUGAAUUUCCUAUGAACCUCUCAAACCAAAACUCAAGACAGGAGUUAGAGCCUCUUCAUAGAAAGUUGGGCAGAACAAAUCAACAGUUGUGCUGAGAUCAAGGUUUGGCUAACAAUCUCUCUGGAACAUGAUCCUUUAGUGAAUGGGGUUUCCAAACACUCAGGCUGCACCAUCUGCUCUUGCAUUGCAGCAUUGCUGCUCUGGCUACAGAAAUUGCAUCCUCAGCAUUUGAAUCUCCAGGGCCACAGCUCCCUCUAAGAUUAAGGGAAGCCAAGAAGUACUCCUGGUAGCUCAGUAUAGUGUCAGCUUCCUUUCCAUAACCCACCUGAGAGCAAAAAGGUCCUUUUCUGGAAUAAAAGACCCUGCAAAUUAGCCCCUAAUGACUUUUCAUAAUUGAACCUCCUAAGGUGUGUUGACAUUACUGAUGAGAAUCAGCAGGGUGUGCAGACCUGGUUUCUUGAAAAUGCUGAUUCCUCCUGCCUGCCUUUUCUUUCUUGAACGUGGCAGUGUGAGUUUCAGUGAUACUUAGUGACUCCCUGUUUUACGUUCCUUCUCGUCACCGUAUUACAAUGCUUAUCUCCACAGUUACUGCCAGACCACCUUCUGUUUCAGAGGGCAUUGGCACAUUCUGCUGAACACAUGUUCAGGUUCCUCAGGACUGGAUUUGCUUGGCUUGGAUACAGAUACCAGGUCGUCCUGACAGGAGUCAGUACUGGGUGUGCUCCUGUCCAUGGGCACUCAUGCUCAACUGGAAAGACCUCCUAUUGAGUACCCCAAACUGUGUACCCUAGCCAAACUUCCACCUGGAUUUCCCCCCUUGUAGCCACAGAUGUGCUGUGUUUACCAGUGUUUGCUUUUUAAAUUGUUUUUUCUAAUUCCAUGUGUUUUCCAAUCUCUUUUUAUAAACCUUAGACUAUAAUAAACAGGUUUGUCCCA